GAGGGUCUCUCACAUUCAACAACACUCUCUACCCGGGUCUCCUGCAGCCGGUACCGGGAUGUCGGAUCCUCUCUGCUUCUGCUCUCGGUGAUCAAACGGAGGAUUUUGGCACCGGGACUUUUUAUUUUAAUAUUUUAUUAAACAUGACUUUCGCCACCAUGCUGCGGCCCAUGGCGUCACACUUACUUUACUCUGACGUCAUCACCUCUGAGGAGGAUGAGGAGGAGAACCAGAGCGACGGCGGCGGCUCGGAGCAGAGCUACUGCGGGAAAAGGAGCAGGAUUUCCCGCAGGCUGAGCGCCGAGAUGCCGGUGGUUGUGCAGCAGAGGAGCGCGGCGAAUGCUCGGGAGCGCGGCCGGACGCAGAGCGUGAACUCCGCCUUCACUUCCCUGCGGAGCCUCAUCCCCACGGAGCCCGUGGACCGGAAGCUCUCCAAGAUCGAGACUCUGCGCCUGGCCUCCAGCUACAUCUCUCACCUGGCCAACGUGCUGCUGCUAGGGGACGGAGGCGUGGAGGGACAGCCGUGUCUGCAUGGGAAUGCGCCGAGAGAGAGCGGAGCGCAGCAGCCGCGCAGCAUCUGCACCUUCUGCCUGAGCAGCCAGAGGAAAGGGAUAAAGGACGGCAGAGAGUGUUUAAAGAUGAGAGGACUCGCUGCGCUGAGAGUGAGACGCUGA